AUGGCAACCCACGAACAAAAAGCAUCCACCUCCUCCCGCUCCAUCCUCGACCCCACCACCAGUACCCAAGAAAAGUCCUCCAAAGACACUGUACCCCUCCGCGCCCUAGACCACCAAUCCGAACGCGAAACAGGCCAAAAUGAAAAACCAGCCACCAUCCACAUCGGCACCCGCAAAUCCGCACUCGCCAUGGUGCAAACGGAGCUAGUGAAAGCUGCGCUCGAGAGAGCUCAUCCGCAUUUAAACUUUGAGAUCACCAAAUUGGAAACGAUGGGCGACAAGAAUCAAGUAACCGCCUUGCAUGAUUUUGGCGCUAAGAGUUUAUGGACGCAUGAACUGGAGGCGUUGUUGUUGGAACGGAAGUUGGAUAUUGUGGUUCAUUGUCUGAAAGAUAUGCCCACGCAAUUACCGAACAAUUGUACAAUUGGCGCAAUUCUUGAACGAGAAGAUCCUCGGGAUGCGUUGAUCAUGAAGGCUGGGAGUAGUUAUAAGAGUUUGUCGGAGCUACCGGCUGGAAGUGUAGUGGGGACGAGUAGUGUGAGGAGAAGUGCGCAGAUCGCGAGGAAGUAUCCCGAGUUGAAGUUUGAGAACGCGCGGGGCAAUAUUGGAACUAGGUUGAAUAAGUUGGAUGCGGAUGAUGGGAAGUAUGCGUGUUUGGUCUUGGCGGCGGCAGGACUACUGAGGAUGGGUUGGGGAGAGAGGAUUACGCAGUAUUUGGAUAGUAAGACGGAGGGUGGGGGCAUGUUGCAUGCAGUGGGACAGGGUGCGUUAGCUUUGGAGGUUAGAGAUGGCGACGAGGAUAUCAACAAGAUGAUUUCUGUAUUACAGCAUGAACCAACUCAGUUGGCCGGAUUGGCAGAGAGAAGUUUGAUGAGAACGUUGGAGGGUGGUUGUAGUGUACCAAUUGGAGUUGAGACGACCUGGAUUGAAAAAGGAAAAUUGUUGAUGAAGGCUGUUGUUAUUAGUCUUGACGGCUCAGAGUGUGUGGAAGCCGAAAAACUGGAGGAGAUCUUAACACCAAAGGAUGCCGAUGAGUUUGGUUGGAAUCUCUCUCAAGAUUUGGUUAGCAAGGGUGCUGCCAAGAUACUGGAGGCUAUUAACCUCAAUCGUCCCGUCAUCAAAGAGGGUGGUAAUGCAUAA